UUGAAUUUUUAGUCAUUGCUCAUUGCUUUGUUGGUACUCUCCUCUCAUAUGAGAUGAAAUAUCCAAUGAAAUGAUCAGUUCCAUAAACUUUAUGACAUUAUGUUCAAUUUUGUUGUAUAUAAAUGAUAUAUUUAUUAUUUUACUCAUAUGAUAGAAUUUAAAAUACAUAUCAAGUAAUUGAUAUAUAUCGGAAUUGCUCUUUUUAUGUCUAUGAUAAAUUGGGAUUACUACCGUCAAGGGAUUAACGACAAGUAUAGUAUGGUGGACUUUUAAUUUAAAAAUUAAAUAUUGGAUUCGAUUUUUUAUUUGAGUUUUAGCGACUGGAGAUAAUGGCUAGUCCACGAACUCGAAGAAUUUUAAGUGGGCUUAAGCCAAAAGAUGAGAACAAUAAAUGCUUUGAAUGUGGAACUCACAAUCCUCAAUGGGUUUCUGUUACAUAUGGUAUAUGGAUCUGUCUAGAAUGUUCAGGCAAACACAGAGGACUUGGUGUUCAUUUGUCAUUUGUCAGAUCCAUUUCCAUGGAUAAGUGGAAAGACUCAGAGUUAGAAAAAAUGAGAAUUGGUGGAAACAAGAAUGCUCGUGAAUUUUUUGAAUCACAGCCGGAUUGGAACGAUAAUAUGUCAAUAACACAAAAGUAUAAUACUAAAGCAGCAGCAUUAUAUAGAGAUAAGAUCGCAACAUUGGCACGUGGAGAAAACUGGAAUCCAACUACAUCCACAGCUAAGGAUUUUCAAUCUUCAAUGUGUUCAGAAAAUCAACAAGAGUAUUCCUCAUAUCAAAGUGAUACAUCAAAUUCUUAUCAAAAUUUUAAUUCAAAUAGUUGUAAGUCUCAGACAGAAGCCUUUUUUGCAAGAAAACAAAAUGAAAAUGCUAAUCGUCCAGAUAAUAUUCCACCUAGUCAAGGUGGUAAAUAUGGAGGGUUUGGUUAUCAAAUGAAUCCACCGCCCAGGAGUUCAUCGCAAGAAUUUUUUGACAGUGCAGUAUCCUCUUUAGCAAGUGGCUGGUCAAUACUUUCUUCAUCAGCAUCAAAAAUAGCAAGUAAAGCUACAGAAAAUGCCAUUAGAACUGGAGAGUUAGCCAUACAAAAGGUACGCGAUGGUACUUUUUGGGAAGAAGUUGGAACUCAAGCUAAUAGCAUAGCUGCUAAGGUUGGAGAUUUAGGGAGAAGAGGAUGGGGUGAUAUUGGAGGAACAAAUUCAGUUGAACAGAAUCAAUAUAGCUCAAAGGAACAUUAUCAAAGUUCUUCCACUACUUAUCAAAAUAGUGAUAUAACCCAGCAUCAUUCUACUGAAAAAACAUCUUUAAUGAAAACAUCGCAGCCCAAAACCAAUGUAUCAAUUGCAAAUUCUUCCAAUUGUGAAUGGGAUUGGGGUAAUGAGACAAAACAAAGUAACCAAAUAACAGAUUCUAAACCAGUUGCAAGAAAAUCAAAAGAUAAAGACGAAGUAUUAAUCAACUUUAGUACGGACCAUCAUACAUCUAACUGGGAUUCAAAACUUGAAGACGAUGCAUGGGAAAUAUUAAAAAAUUAAUUAUUAUUUAUUAAUUAGGAAAUUUUUAUCAAAGUUCAAAAUAUUUAAAUAUCUUGCCCAUCCUAAAGAUUUUGAACUUGUAUAAAGCAGUGUAACAGCAAUUAUUAAAAUGAAAUUAUUUUUAUUCUGUUUUACCCCUUUAAUGUUACGAAUAUAUGUAGGUAAAUAUAAAAGAGUAAUCAUUUACGAUUAGUGUAUACGUGCAAGCGUGUAUACAUUGUACGCUUUAGAAAGCGUAAAUAAAUAUCAUAUAUUGCAAGUUAA